ACUGCGAUCACACUCAACACUAUGAAUGAAAUGCAGGAGUCGACUGCGAGCGGAUCACCAACCGAGAUAGUGUAUGGUGGGACUGUUUCACCAACGGGUGACGAACAUCGUAAUAUGUCCGAAAAGGUGCAAAAUAUGGCAUCGGCGAUUUAUCGUGAAUUCGAGCUGAUGAUUCAAAAACACGGUGAAGAUGGGGUCAAGACGUUGAUGCCAUUAGUCGUUAACGUACUUGAGGCAUUAGAUCUAGCGUUUUUGGAGCGUGAAGAGCAGGCCGUCGAUCAAGAAAUGCUCAAGGAGGACAAUGAACAACUUGUCACUCAGUAUGAGAGAGAGAAACAGCUAAGAAAGCAAGCAGAGCAGAAGUAUAUGGAGAUUGAAGACACUCUUCUUGGUCAGAAUAAGGAGUUGGAAGGGAAAAUUGAAUCUCUGGAGUCAAUCAUGAGAAUGUUAGAACUUAAAGCAAAGAAUGCAUCUGAUCACGCGAGUAGGUUGGAAGAACGAGAGGCUGAUCAGAAGGCUGAGUUCGAUCGUCUGCAUGAGAGGUAUAACGCUUUGCUCCGUACUCAUGUUGAUCAUAUGGAGCGUACCAAAUAUCUCAUGGGCAGCGAUAAAUUCGAACUUAUGCAAAAUAUGCCGAUUCCACAUGCCCAACUACGUACAAGAAUGGGAAUGGCCGCCUCAGUGGAUGCAUCCAAUAUUCGAGGCGUUUCAGAUCUAAUAAGUGCUCACAUGUCUCAAAGUACUACAAUGGAUGUAAAUCUCGCUAAUCAUAUCAGCAAUGAAGAUUGGCAAGAUGAAUUCCCAUCUGAUGUCGAACCUUCUCCGCGUGAAGUAAACUUGGAUGAGGAUAAAUCAACAGCAAACUGCUUACCGUUACUGAUAACUAUUGAAACCUGUGAAUGUCUUUCUCGCUUCUUCUUUUAUUACUAUUUUAUUUAUUGUCAUUCAGGGAUGGGAAGAGAAGUAGAGAACCUUAUAAAGGAAAAUAACGAGCUGCUUGAUAUGAAAAAUGCUUUGAAUAUCGUUAAGAACGAUCUGAUUGCAAGAGUUGACGAGCUAAGCAGUGAAAAUGCAAUCCUUCGAGAUGAAGUCCACAGCUUUGAGAUGGUCCGUGUGAAGAUGAGUGACACCAUAUCGAAGUUAGAGGAAGAAUUGAAAUCUGUCAAGCAAAAGUUGGCUGAAAAAGAGGCUGAAGCUGAAGAGGAAGAAGUACCGUUAGCACAGCGCAAGAGAUUCACACGUAUGGAAAUGCAGCGCGUACUUAUUGAUAGGAAUAUGUACAAGGAGAAACUAAUGGAGCUAGAAGAAUCUCUCAAGUGGACCGAAAUGCAGAGGGCUCGAAAACUUCAGGCGCAAGCCAAUUCUCCAAAGAAAGGAGGGAUUUGGGACUUCUUCUCGGGACUAUUUGGAGAUUCCUCCCCGCCAAGCCAGCCUCGUCGAUCUGGGUUACGUUCAGAUAUGCGAGCGAAGAAUCAGAUGACUCGCAGUGUGGAGUAUCUGGAUCCUGACAUGAUAUCUGAAAGGCGUGCCGCUGAACGAAGGGAACAGUACAAACUUGUACGUGAGCACGUGAAACGGGACAACAGCGGCCGUAUAGAGGCGUAUGGUUGGUCUUUACCUGCUUUGUUCGACAACUCGAAUUCAUCUGCCAUGGUGCCAGUUCCCGUGUGUUGUCGACCGCUUAUGGAAAAUCAGCCAUCAAUCAAAGUAUGGUGUGCAGCUUCUGUAACUCUGCAUGGAGGUCUCGAUAACGAUGGGAAGUUUAUCACUGGAAAUCCUGUUUAUCUGUCUCCUAACGUUGCGAAAAUUCCCAGACAAAGCGGAUGUGGUGACGAACUUGAAAGUGAAGUUACACGUGCUCAUGCUCUGGAUGCUCGAGAGAGUGAGCUGGCGGAAUGGGAGACGUCGUCUAUAGUUUGGGUGGGCAGUUCAAAUCAAGGAAAGAGUACAGUAGCAGUUCUUGACGUCAACAAUCCAAAGAAUGUCAUUGAGACAUUCACUGCCUGUGAAAGUCACCUUCUUUGCAUCCGAGGUGUUCCCGGGAUUUGCGAAGGUGAUCCAAUUUUGGAUGAAGCCGGUGCGAAAGCCUUUAUCUGUGGUGGAGGAAAAGUCAAGGAUCUACCAGAUGGUAUCUUUUCUGAAUUGGGCGCAUGUGAAUGGAUGGAAUUACGGAAGAUGGACGAUUCUGAAGAUGGUGUGCCCACUUAUUGCAGUAAUGAAAUGCGUCCUAGUCCAAAGAGAACUCGAGACUUUCAACCUCAGUGUGCACCAAGUAGCUGUAGUGGACGGGCUUCGUUGCCACAACAUAUUCGUGAUGCAUUGGAUAAAUAUAACAGCAAUGUUGACGAAGUCUCAACUGGAUGGCCCACACGUUUAUAUACAUUCGGCUGUAACGUCUUGGCGGCGAUGCACCACAAAGGGCGCGUCUUCGCGGCUCUUGCAAACGGGACACUCGCCGUGUUUCAUAGAGAGAAAGGUGGAGCUUGGGCUGAUUUCGGCUACCACACUAUUCGAAUUGGUCCAGCCACUUCGUCAGUGCGAUGUAUUUGUGUUGUAGCGAACAACAUCUGGGCCGCUUACAAGAACUGUAUCGUAGUUUUGGAUGGAGAGAGCCUUCAAAUAGUGAAAGUUUUCGCCGCACAUCCUCGACGGGACAGCCAAGUGCGGGCGGUGCAAUGGGUAGGUGCUGGCGUUUGGUUGUCCAUUCGACUCGAUUCAACACUUCGUCUCUAUCAUGCACAUACGUAUGAACAUCUUCAAGAUGUUGAUAUUGAACCAUAUGUCACAAAAAUGCUUGGAACUUCUCGGCUCGACUUUUCAUACAUGCGCACAACUGCUCUUCUUGUUUCGAAUCGUCGGCUGUGGAUCGGUACUGGUACAGGGGUCGUGAUUUCAGUACCUUUAAGUAUAGAGCAAAAAGUAGAGACUUGCGACACGAAAAAAGCAUUUAAUGGUCCUGGUGGAUUAGUACGGGUUUAUUCGAAUUUAAAUAAGGACACGGCGGAGAAUACGUCCGAUAUCGGAUCUGAAGGCGGUGCUUUUAUUCCAUACUGUAACCUAACGCAAGCUCAACUUUCAUUCCAUGGUCAUAAGGACAGUGUGAAAUUCUUCAUCGCCGUACCAGGAGCCCCACGUAAUGUUGAGGUUGGUGAAGGUGCAGAAUUGCGAAAAAUGCUUGUCCUUUCGGGAGGAGACGGAUAUAUCGACUUUCGGAUAGGAGAAGAGAAUGAACCACCAGUUACAACCGAAGGUGUUCGGGUUCGGGAUAUGUCGCAUCUAAUCAUUUGGGAAGUGGAUGCCGAACUUCCGGUGCUCUCUAACUAA